AUGCCCAUGCGGCAGAAUACGGGAAUCGGAACAACAAAUGGGCGUUUUCUCAAAUUCUCAGAGCCGAUCCGUGCAAGCGAGCCGGUGGACUUCAGCCACAUAGGUUACGGCCAACCUAGUACGGGCAGUCAGAACGGCAGCAGCGGGGACGACCGGAGAGACGGUGGGCAAGGACCACCGCUGCCGCGGCCACUGGACGAUUUCGCCUAUGCUCGCGCCCGGCGACCCAACAUUCGAACGGAAGACGUUUCGGGCAUCGAAAAGUCCGGUUUGCGCUCGGCCGUGGACAAAAAGAGCGACGACGUGCGCCGUGGACUUGUCAAGGCGUUUACUUUCGGCAAAAAGAACAAGAGCAAUGACGAGAAAAAUGGCAACCAAUUCCGACCACCGUCAGCGGCCACCGUUCGGCCGCCCAUGGGUAGCAGUGUCAACGAGAGCGACCUUGACCUGGCCAUCGACGCCCACGACAUGGGUCCUCGCGAAAUGGGUCAUCGGGAUAUGGGUCCUCGUGAGAUGGGUAACAACGUCGGCAGCCUACAUCAACAGAUACAGCAACAACAUCAACAAAUGAUGAUGAUGCAGGAGCGACACCGCCACCAGCAGCUACCACAGUCUCCAGUCGACAGUCAACCAGGAGGAUGGGAAGGAGGGAGCCACCUAUCACCUCCCCCGUCUAGUAAACUGCCUCCGCUUCCGCCAGCGUCUAACUCGGUUCCGAUCAAGCGCUGGAUAGGUUCUGGGCGGCCCGUCCAACGUUGGAACAAGCUGCGCAAAGACCCCGAGCUCUGGGACCCCAAUGGUGAUGUGCUUGUCUUCUUUGGUUACAAGGGCCAGCAACCGCGCCCUAACCCAUCUUUCCGCCUGUCAUCACACAUCAUUGAGGCGACCGAGUCCCGAUUUCUCAUCACACUUCUACGGGAAGGCUCGACAGAGGAAGACAUCCAGCUGCCUCCAUCACCUAUUGGCGCGCCUCCCAUGCUGCAACGGCACAUGGCCAGUGGGGGAGGAUCUGGAGGGCAUCUCGGACCACAUAGCCACGGACGCGGUCACGGCCAAGGCGGGUACGGCAUGGGCCAGCCGACCCCACCAAUAUCUGAAGAUGCUAGCUUGGUUGAUGUUGACGGGCAAAUUAGUUACGAGAUGUACUUUCCGACACCACCCAACAUGAACAAGGUCGACCAGCUACGGCACCACAUCACAACGAGGAAUAUUUUUGCGCUCUUGUACCACGCUUCGCUUGUCGGCUUGUCGCUGUACCAGGCGCUUGCGGAUCUCCACGCACGGCUAGAAGCGUACAUGCCCCCAGAAAUGGACAAUGUUGGCACAAUCAUCAACUAUCUUGGAGCGCGCGGCAUCGACGACAUUCGGAAUGACCCGGAGAGCGCCAUCUCACUUCUGGCUUGGUCCGAGAGCCCAGACGUGCGAUGGGAAGAGGGCUGGCGUGAGAGCUUCCUACACAGCACGGGCAUGUACGCAAGCCUCGAGAGCUGUGUCGACUUCAAGAACGUCACUCCGAUUACGCGGGCACUCUUGGAGCGAGCCUGCCUGGAGACGCAGCUGCGGGUUCAAGCAGCGGAAGAGCGUCUAGCCGAGUUCCAGUUCGCUGAUAUGUGGCCACCUGCGCUAGCGAUGACGGCCAGCUCCAGCGGCCCCGUCCAACCGAGCCCAGCAAAGGCUGCGGGCGACCGAUUGCAAAAGUUCUUGCUGCAACAUUACACACGGACGUACGGCCGCUGGCCACCGCUACCGCCAUCCCCCACCGUAGCAUCGCUGGGCGUCCCCGUGGAUGCCGAAGACGAUAUUUGGCUUACACGAACAAUAGCUCACGCCCUCCAAAAGGACUUUGCAGCAUUGUACGACUACCUCGUGGAUCGCGACAUCGUUUGGGACGGCUCCGAAGCGCGGUCGGGUCGCAAGUGGAUGCUUGUGUCGCAAAGCGGCAAUAAGGCCUUCGAAGCCGACACAUUGGAUUUGCCGAUGACCGACAUGCUUGUUGAGUUCGACAACAAGCUGCGCUUCCCGCACAUCCCACAUCCGUUCCCGCUCGUGCCUGACUCCAUCCCACCGAGUGCUCCGUCUUCAGGAAAAGAAAAAGGCAAAAAGGGCGAUGCCACAUCGACAGGGACGGGCAAUCGGGCUGGCUCCGUCGAGCGGCGCGUGCAGCUCGCCUACACAGUGGCCACAAACAUGUUGAUUCUGGGCUCGGACUUUAAUCAGUCGGACCUGAUCGACGCCUUUUCCAAAUUUGAAAAGAUUGACCGCGUGGGUGAGGUAGACCCAUUGACGGCCCGCCGCGGCCGCUGGGUGCUCAUCUACGGCAUUCUGCAGACACUUGCCUCUGUGUCAGUCGACGCGCUCAACAUGCGCUACCGUGAUGGCGUGUCAUACCAUUUGUCGCCGCGGCUCAAGGGCGCCAAGAUGCCACCGUGGCGGACAACAGGUGGUGGUGGACUCGUCGGUUCGAGCGACGAAGCGGCACAUGAACUAUCGCACUGCUGGAUCGUGCCACGUACGUGGAACACGGGCCACCAAGAUAACCACGGUGGCCACAGCUCGGCUCAUCAGAGCGGCAAUGACGAGAGUUCGGCCGCCUCCUCAAGUGCAUCGGGCAAUAACAGUCCUGUUCGGCGGAACAGCAUCAUAUUUGGCAGUAGCAACAGCAACGCUGGUGGUGGUUUCAACUUCCCGCGACCGCCUCCGGCGGACACACUCACGGUCCGCAGCGGCUCAUCCGCGGGCUUUCACACUCCGCAUGGCGGCCGGUCGGUGCGGUCCAGUACUUCACUUGGUCCGUCGAGCAAUGCUGGUGGUGAUGGUCUCGGCAGCGACUUGGCGCCUCCCUUUGGCGCUUUUGGCACCUACACGCAGUCGUCCCAUGGCGGCGCGGCGACUGUUGUGUCGAGUACGAGCGCCAUGUCCGAUCUCUCCAGCAAUACGCGACCGCGUAAGGGCAACGGACCCUCGUCCAAGAUGGCCACAAGCCGCAGUGGCGUCAAUGCAGGCGGCAGCGGCGGCGUCUAUGGCGGCGCUAACCCCAACGUCAACAUGAGCCUCAACAUGGGCAUGGGCAUUGGUAUCCCGACGGUCGAGGAGGCGGGGUGGCCUAUGACCAUAAGCAGUGGUGAGGCUACAGCGAGCAGUGGCAGUGGACGGCGCAACGCUCAUGGCGGACCCCCUGUGCUGCCUGGUCUGAAGGGUAUCCCCCACAUGGCAUCGUCUGGCAAUGGUGGAUUUAUGCUGAUGGACGAGUCUCAAGACGAGUCACACAGCAACUAUACGACAGAAGGAAGCGGUAGCGAGCGGCGGCGGCGGCGACGACAAGACAAAGGUGGCCGCGAGGGACGAGAUGGGCGCGACAGACGUGAAGGCUGGGGAGGAAGCAGCACACGCAGCAAGACCCGCACGCAGAGGCCACUCAUGAACCAGGGCGACGAAGUUGGCAGCGUGGCGCCCGUGAUCCGAGACUUUGAUGCUCUGGAUGUAAUUGAUGACCACGAGCCGUAG